UUCACUUUAUAGUAUAAAAUGGCGCAAGUAUCCAGAAUUUAUGUCAGCAAGUGACUAUGUAAUACCAGGACCUUGUUAAUGCUAGUAAGGUAUAUCGUGGCGACGAGAAAGCCAAGCAUACAAAUAGUCUCGUCCUUCUCCCGAGAGAACGCGCGUCGAUGCCGUCGACCUUGGCGAAAGCGAAAGAGCUGGAAAAUACUAAAAAGGGAUGAAUUGUGACCGCUAUCACACGUGCUGCCAGGAACGUGACACUUGACGCUUUUCGCCGUCGUUACCCACCAUCGGGCUGGCUACAAUGGCUACUUUCACCUAUACCAUCUACUCUCACUACAACCCAGAAGACCGUGAAGCCUUGGAGCGCGAGACAGGGCAAAUACCCUCUUCUUCAGAAGACAAUGCUCACCUCUGGGACAAAGAGGCUGCAAGCGUCUACAAGCGUCAAAUAGCACCCGCUCCUCGUUUCGUUCCUGCGACCUUACAGAGCGAUGAAUGGGGCCAAUGGGGUCGAAACUUUAAUGCGAUGGCGGAGACAGUUGAGGAAGGAAAAGACUCUUCGGUUGCUGAUUGGUAUCGGUCUCUGUCACGAACGUUCACGUCUUCCACGCCUUCACUCCUACCGUCGGCCGUGAGCCCAGCGCCUGCACCACCAGAAAAGCGGGAAAGUAGGAAUAAGAACAAUUGGUUCAUUCAGAAUGCUCUCAGGUCGGAACACUCUUCUUCCUCUUCUUUCACCUCUUCCCUCGCUGACAUGCUGGCUCGAGACCCUCCACCACGCCCCUCUGAAGCAAGAUACAAACCACCAGUUUGGCUGGCUAUAGGACCAUCUAACAAGGGCUUCUCAAUGCUGGAGAAAAGUGGCUGGAACGAAGGAGAGGCUCUCGGAGCCGAUGUGGUCAGGCGUACUGGAAGACCAAGACAUGCUAUCCAGUUUUCCAGAAAAGCCAAGCAACGCCAUGCGGAGCCCAUCACCAAGGAAGAAGUGAUGGAAGUAGAAAUUGGACAUGGAGACGGGGAAGUCAAAGAGGUUCGAAAGGUGGAAGUUGUCGACUUGACUCUGGACUCAGAUGAAGACUCAGAUACGGCCUCUGAUUCUACUACUGCGGAUUCUUUAGUAAAGGAGGAAUCCGGAGACGAAGAAAUACGGCCAUCUGAAGAUUCACCAUCAUCUGCGCCGCCGUCGACCUCUGAACGUAAAGCGCUUCUGACCCCCAUUCCUACUAUCUUGAAAUCCGAUCGCUUGGGCAUAGGGUUGAAGGCUAAGACCGUUGGUCCGUACAAGGAGUCGCAGAAGCGAGUUACGCAUAGUGCCGCCGCCUUGGCUGCACAUACCCAGGCGGGAGAGGCGUUGAGGAAACGGCAGAAGCUAUUUGGUCGGGGACACCGAGGAUUCGCUAGAGAGCGAAAGAAAGAAGAAACAAGCAGGAGAGAUCUGUUGGCGUAUAUGAAUGCAUGACAACACUUUCUUUCAUCUGGUUCAUCUGGCUCAUCUCAUGAACUCCAAUGUACCCAUUCGUAUCUGCGGAAUUCGACCUGUAGGAUAUGAAUUGUAAAAGGGAACUUAUUGUAAAUGCCAUUCUAAAAAUACAGAU